AUCUCUUGGGCAACUUUACAAUCUGUUGCCUGCCAAGACCCCUGUUUGACAGCCCCCAGCCAGCCUGUCCAUGGUCCAUCAGAGUAAUUCCUUCCUUAAUCACUUACGGUCAUCUCACUAGCUCAAAGACACACUUUGCUUAUUAUUAUUUUUUUGUAAUUAUAAAUUUAUAUUGUCUUGUUUGACACAUAAUCUCAAAUUUACAAGGGCAGAUUUUUUUUAAUUUUUUGGGGGUUUAUUUAUUGUUGAGAGAGAUAGAGCAUGAGUUGGGGAGGGGCAGAGAGAGAGGAAGACACAAAAUCCGAAGCAGGCUCCAGGCUCUCAGCACACAGCCCGACGCGGGGCUCGAACUCAAGAACUAUGAGAUCAUGACCUGAGCCGAAGUCGGACGCUUAACUGACUGAGCCACCCAGCUGCCCUACAAAGGUAGAGUUUUUAAUGAGCUUUUAGGCUAUAAGAGCCUAUUUUAAGAAUAUGAAAAUGGAAGAAAGGUACUAUUGAAAAGUACCUAUGUACAUUCUCAGCUCUUUACAAGUAGGUUAUUUGUGAGGAUUAUUAGGUAUCAUGAAAGUGAGUAGGAUUGUCUCUGUUUUAUUGAUGGGAGGCUGAGGUUGAGAGGUGGAAACUUGACCAAAGCCACCUAUUUUCAUUUGGGCAGAGCUAGGAUUCAGAGCCCACUAUGCAUACCUGGAGAGCCCUUUACAGCAUAUUAGAGUGUCUGGGGCAGGGUGGGUGUGAGAUGAGCAAAGAUGAGGAGCUUUUCAAAAGUCCACUGAAAAAGCCAGUGAUAGGAUGAGGGUUAGGUAUGAUGAAUUUGGCAAUAUAAAUGAUGGGCUAUGCCCAAAACCCAAGGUGUCACAUUAUCUGGUCCACCAUUUUGCAGGACAACCACGGGCACGGAUUGGAGAAUUUUAGUGCACACCCUGGAUAGUACAGAUUUCAAAUUCUGGCAUGAGACCAGGGUGGGGAGAUUUAUAGAGGAGAUACUAAAGGGCUAUCAAUGUACCAAUUUAUUUUAUUCUCUGGGUUUUGUAUCCUGAGAACAGUUACCAGCGAUCUCGCUAUGGCAUCAUCAAGUCUGUCCCAGGGGUGUCACUGGUUGGCCUCCCUUGCUUUGAGGGAACUUUGAAGGCAGAGCAGGCCAAGAAGAACUGACUACCUGGAUUUCAUCUGGAAUCUGGGAAUGAGAAAUGCUAUGAAAACCAUGGGAACUCUGGAAGUUAAAGAUAAUAAUCCACUUUGGAGAGUUCAAGAUCUUUGGGUAAACUGUAAUUGUAGAUCAGAGGAGAAUGAUUCUGAAAAGUAUUGAACAGCAAGGGGAACUGCUGGGAAAUGAGUUAAGCUAAGGUAUUAUUUUGAGCUACUGAGUUUCUGCCAACUCAAGUAUUCACUUUGUGCUUUGGUUUAUCCUUUGCCUAUGAUCUGUAUACACACACUUCCUGUGUGAGCUCAUCCUGUCCCUGAUUUCCAAGGUUAUCUCAAGCUCUAGCCUUGCUUUGGAUCUCCUGACACAGUUUCUCACCAUCUUCUAGUUGAUUGCGUCAAAUUCAACAUGCUCAAACCCAGCUUUGUACUUUAGAAAGCAUUAAAAAAAAAAAAAAAAGCUUUUUCUUCAGCAUCUUUAUUUUUACUAAGAUGAGGGUUUGGGUCACGUUACUUUCACCAAAGUGAAAGGUAAAUGGGAAUGAUUCUGUAAUAAACGUUAGAGUUAAAAGACCGGUAUUUUGUGCUUUUGGUUUAGGGUUUUUUUUCUUGCAGGAAUCGAGGGAAAGCCCUUACCCAGCAGUCCCAGCCUGUAGGUUGCAAAAUUAUUGGGUCUGCGCGUUCUGUGUACUCCUGUCUGGAUCGUUGAACCAUAUCAAAUUGCCAAACGUCAAUGCUAAUGCAGUUUUUUACAUUAAAAAGGCAAACAAAACAGCAAUAUAUAGAUUCGAGUAGUAUGGACCUGCCAUAUAUUAAAUAAGCUUAUGCGUUGGGACACUGGGGAGAAGAUAGGCGCCAGAUUUCCUGAAUAAGGGGAGGAGGGCAUCCUGGCACUGGGCCUUAAAGGCUAACCACGCGGAAGGAGGUUCCCACAGCAGCUCCUUCUAGACUGGCCACGCCCCCGUGUUGCAGCCGCCGUAAAGUGCGGCGUCCUGGCCACGCCCCUCCGGCGCUUCUUGUGACGCAGUCGCCCUGGGUAUUUUUGCGCGGGAAAAGGAGGCAGUUCGGAGCGCUAGGCAGUGUGGCCGGAACCGGCAGUUUUUGCGGAGUUUGCAGCUCGCUCCCUGCCCUUACUGGCCAUGGGGCUGCUGGAGCUGUGCGAGGAAGUGUUCGGUACUGCCGACCUUUAUCGAGUGCUGGGCGUGCGGCGCGAGGCCUCGGACAGCGAGGUCCGGCGCGGCUACCACAAGGUGUCUCUGCAGGUGCACCCGGACCGGGUCGGCGAGGACGACAAAGAAGACGCCACCCGCCGUUUCCAGAUCCUCGGGAAAGUCUAUUCUGUUCUGAGCGACAAAGAGCAGAGAGCACUAUACAAUGAGCAGGGAACAGUGGACGAAGAUUCUGAUGUGCUCAACCAAGAUCGGGACUGGGAGACGUAUUGGAGAUUACUUUUUAAAAAGAUAUCUCUAGAAGACAUUCAAGCUUUUGAAAAGACAUACAAAGGUUCUGAAGAAGAGCUGGCAGAUAUUAAACAGGCCUAUUUGGAUUUCAAGGGUGACAUGGAUCAGAUCAUGGAGUCUGUGCUGUGUGUGCAGUACACAGAGGAACCCAGGAUAAGGAACAUUAUUCAGCAAGCCAUUGAUGCUGGAGAGAUCCCAUCCUAUAAUGCCUUUGUCAAAGAAUCGAAGCAAAAGAUGAAUGCAAGAAAAAGGAGGGCUCAGGAAGAGGCUAAAGAAGCAGAAAUGAGCAGGAAGGAGUUGGGCCUUGAUGAAGGAGUAGAUAAUUUGAAAGCAGUCAUUCAGGAGCAGAGUGCUAGUCUGGAAGUGCCAAGCCAGGGACUCAGUUAUAAUGCUCUCAGUUACAUCGAGCAACUAGCUGAUCUCCCUUUGCAUGACAGCAAACUGGGAAAGACACAGCUAAGGUAAGAAAUUCUUACUUUUAUUGUUAUAAACAUCAGAAAAAGAAGAAACUGAAAAUUAUAUAUAAAUGUUUUAUAGAGAAUCUAGCUGUAGAAUAUAAUCAUGGAACACUGCUUUAACAAGUGCCCUGAAUCAAAUUAUGAGAGGACAGAUUUAAUAGAGGUUCUCAAACUUUUCUAGAGUUCACAUUGAGUAAGAAUCAGAAAUGCUCACAUUUCCCUUUAGGUCACGUUUUGGUGAAUCUCCCCCUAAAUAAAGUCUCCUAAGGUCUGUUGAAGUGUCCCCUCCUGCAGCUGCUGCCUAAAUUUAUGUCCACCUGGAACCUGUGAAUAGGACUAUUUGGAGAUAGAAUUUCUGCAGAUGUCAUCAAGAUAAGGUGAGGUCAUAUUGGACUAGGGUCAGCCAUAAAUUCAAUGAUUGGUAUCUUCAUAAGACGGAAAUCUGGACACAGACACAGGGAGGAAGGCUGUGUGAAGGCAUAGGCAGAAACUGGAGUGAUGCAGCUGCAAGGCAAGGACGGCCAGGGACUGCUGCAGUCACCAGAAGCCAAGAAGAGGUGAGAAGAUCCUCAUCCAUAGAUCCUGUAGUGGGAGCAUUGUUCUGCUGACACCUUGAUUUUGGACUUCUAGGCUCUGGAACUGAUAGAAUAAAUUUCUGUUGUUUUAA